CAACGUUCUUUAACAAAACCAUGUUUCUUAAUUCUUAUCACUCUAAAAUUCGAAAAUAUUCACCAGAUUUAGAUUCAAUACUCCAAAAUUUGUGUUUGAUUCAAUUUACUGUUUUUUUUUUAUAAUCAAAUUUCACAAACUCAACAAAAAUAAAAAUGCACACUUCAAACACAACACCAUCUUCUCAACCGGACUCCACCGCCGAUGACAGCGAACCGUUCCUCUUCCGAAGCCGUCGCUUCAUCAGCCGUACACCGCCUCCACCACUCCGUACAGCCGCUCGUUUCUUCCGGCGAGCGAGUUCACGUCGUAUGAUGCUCCGUGAACCGUCAGUGCGUGUCCGAGAGAGGGCGGCGGCGGAGGUGGCACUUGACGUGGCUUGGAACUUGGCGUUCCUCGUUGUUAGUGUCUGCGUUUUGCGUGUGAGUGGUAAAGAGGAACCUUGUGUGCCUCUUAGGGUUUGGAUUUUGGGUUACUUGUUACAGGGAUUGGUUCAUUGUGUGUGUGUUGUUUUGGAAUUUAGAAGAAGGAGAAUGAAUAGUGGUGUUUUGGAAGAUUCUUCUUCUGUUUUGGAGACUGAUCCACUUUGGAGUUUUAGUUCUGAGAGUAAUUAUGAUGUUGAUUCAUAUCAGUUUCUGGAUAAUGAUGAAAAUAGUAUCUUGAAGCACGUAGAGUCUGCGAAUACCAUGCUAUCAUUCAUAUGGUGGAUGAUUGGGUUUUACUGGGUAACUGUUGGUGGUCAGAGUUUGACAAGGGAAUCACCUCGGCUUUACUGGCUCUGUAUUACAUUUCUUGCUUUCGACUUUGUGAUUGUACUGAUCUGUGCUGCUGUUGCAUGUCUCGUUGGAAUUGCUGUUUGCUGUUGUCUUCCUUGUAUACUUGCUAUUUUGUACGCAGUGGCAGAUCAGGAAGGGGCAACCAAGGAAGAGAUUGACCAGUUGCCAAAAUAUAAAUUUAAGAAAGAAGGCGAUGCCCAAGAAUCAUCCAGAGGAGUGAUGACGGAAUGUGACAGUGAUACAGCUUCUGAGCAUGUUAUUGCCUCAGAAGAUGCAGAAUGCUGUAUCUGCCUUUCUGCCUAUGAUGAUGGGGCUGAACUUAGAGAACUUCCGUGUAACCACCAUUUCCAUUGCACAUGCAUUGACAAAUGGCUUCUAAUCAAUGCUACCUGCCCUCUCUGCAAAUUUAACAUUUUGAACACUGAUAACCUCCAUGAAGAAGUUUGAACUAGUCACUUGUUGCUUUGACAAAGAGGACAUAACCCUUUUCACAACAAUCUCGGAUUCACAUUGCAAGCACACUACUAGAAUUACCGACAAAAAUUCAAGACGGAAAAAAUGAAAUUUGUUUCUAAUUCUGUCGCCGCUACAUGUUAGAGAUUGAUUUGAUUUUUCCAUCUCUAGUUUUUAUCAGUAAUUCAACUUGGUUCAUCCUGUUGUCUAUGACCUGCGGUUUCCAACUAACCAUAUUGGGAACAAUUUGUUUCCAUGGGUAUAUAUGAAUAAUUUGAGUCUUUUCAUCUUAUAGCUCAUAACUUGACUAGAUAGGGAUCACCUACAACAGGAAUUAGAUUUCUUGCUCAAGGUCACACCUAUUGUUUAUUAUUACUGUAUAUCUCUUAAAUUGCAAGGUCAUAAAGGUAGCAUGAAAAUAUUAUAAUCCCCGUGUACAAAUAAUGUUUGUCUUGUAAUUUCACAGUUGCAAAAUAUAAUGUUUGAGACACUUUAUAUGGUAAAUAAUGAAUACUUGAUUUAGUGCA